CCAGGCUAGGCUACCCAAUUCCAAUUAACAGACGUUAACAGUGAGUCCAAGAGUUAAAUUCCAAGAAAGCCACCUUCUUUUGCCUUUUGUUUCAGUCAAUCAAAUAAACUCAAACCAACCAAACCCCGUUUUUAAAUAUAAAAGGAUACCCAUUUUCUUUAUUUUCCAGAAUUUCUUACAAAAAAUCCCAUCUCAUUUCAUCAUCAUCAUCACCCUUUUUCACAAAGUUACUCCUUUUAUUAGAAAGUUUGUAUUUGUAUUUGUUGUUAAUUCAUUUCCCAGAAAAAAGUUCUGAAUCAAAAGUUUGAUCCGGAAGACAAAUGAGUGAUCACCAUGUUGUGUGUGUGGACCGUCUGAUUACAUCGGACACUUUGCAACCGGGUAAAGGGAUUGAGGUUUCGGAAUCGUCUGUUGAUAGUCAUAAUCAUGUUUCUGAAUCGUCUACUUCUUAUGAACCCGGGGAGGUGAGAGCUGAUGUGCCUGAUGAAGAACAGCCUCUCAUUCAGGGAGUUGAGUGCAGGAUUUGUCAGGAGGAGGAUAGUGUAAAGAAUUUGGAGGUCCCUUGCUCUUGCAGUGGCAGUUUGAAGUAUGCUCAUAGGAAAUGUGUUCAAAGGUGGUGCAAUGAGAAAGGAGACAUCAUAUGUGAGAUCUGUCAUCAGCCUUAUCAACCAGGUUAUACUGCACCACCACCUCCACCUGCUGAUGAUACCGCUAUUGACAUCAGUGCUCAAUGGACCGUGUCUGGUGCACCAUUGGACUUGAAUGACCCCCGGCUUUUGGCAAUGGCAGCUGCUGAAAGACAUCUACUGGAAGCUGAGUAUGACGAGUAUGCUGAUACAAAUGCCAAUGGAGCAGCAUUUUGUCGCUCUGCUGCGCUCAUUUUGAUGGCUCUAUUACUCUUGAGGCAUGCUCUUUAUGUGACAAGUCCUGAUGGUGAGGAUGAUGAUGUUUCCACGUUCUUUUCUCUUUUCUUGCUGCGAGCUGCUGGUUUUCUUCUUCCAUGCUACAUAAUGGCUUGGGCUAUUAGUAUAUUGCAACGGAGAAGGCAACGACAGGAAGCAGCAGCAUUGGCGGCAGGUGAAGUUGCAUAUGUGAUACAGGCGGGACAGCAUGGAGGUGUGCAUUUCACCAUAGCUCCUGGGCCUGCAGCUGCUCCACAGCCUGAACAACAUCAAUAAUGUGUUAAGUAACUUGCUAAAAUGUAUCUGAUCAAAAUGAAAUUCCAAGUUUCUUGUAGAGCUCCUGGUUCACAAAAAUUGCCAAUUUAUUCUGGCAUAAAACUGCCUGCCAUGUUGUUACCUUUUCACAGUAUAGCUUACACCGAGUAUUGCUUUAAGAAAUGCUGAUGAAUGGGUCAUGUAACUCUCUAGCUACAGCUCUCAUUUGCUUGUACAUAAACUUCAUUAUCGUUUCAGACGUAAUUUGUAUCUUUUAUAGCACUUGAGAGCCAAUUACAAGCAACAUAUUAUUGUCUUUUGACAUCAUUUUUCUGAAUCUGUAUGAUUUGUUACUCCA